GGCACAUUCUUAUGUUAGUACAAAUAUGAUAGCGAGAUUACAGAAAGGUUAUUUAAAACAAAGUACACCUGGUCGAAGCGGUUUACCGAAUCAAUUAUCACCAUUCUUUAUACCAACAAAACUUCAUUUAAGCAAUACAAAAAAACCAAUUUGGGAUUGGAAAGAAUUCACUGAUCAUAUUGAAUUAAUAAUUAAUUAUAAAAAUCAUUUAGUAUUUAAUAAUUUUUGCAAUGAAUUAGACCAAUUACGUAUACUUUGUACAUGGAAUAAAUCGGAGAAAACUACUGACCAAUCAAAUUCCAGUGGGGUACUCAUGUUACGUACAGUGUUGAAUGGUGAAUAUCAUUGUUUUGAAUUAAGUCUUUGCGCACAACUUCGUCCAGAUUUGUGUACCCUACGUUUGAAUCAUUCCACAGUUGAUAAUUUCGACUCAUUAUCCUGUUCCUCUGCCUAUUCCUCCUCCUUCUCCGCCUCCUCGUCUUUACGCUCCUCCAGCUCUUGCUGCUCACUAUCAAAUAGUAGUAGUGUAACAGGAGAGAAAAAUGACCGAGAUCGAUUAACUUAUCUAAGUAUUCAUUUAAUUAAAAUGUCAACUAUAAAAUCAUCAUCUUCAAUCAGCUGUUUGUUGACUCCAGUCAGUAGUAGUAGUAUUAUUAGUAGUAGUGGUAGUAGUAGUACAUUACUACCACCAAAUAUUGAUAGUUUAAAAUUAGCCGAGAAAUCAACAAAAUCUACAUUUCGUACAAUUGGUAUUGUACUUCGUGAUGUUUGUAUUGGUUUGGAUGUUGAAAAUAGUACAGUUUCUA